AUGUCCUGGCGGAGGCUGGCGCAGGGCCGGGACAGCCUGGCCGGCUCGACCGGUGGCGCCGCAGCCUGCGCGCCCAUGGCCCCCCGCCAGCGGCCCCGCAGCCCCGGCACCUAUUUCCAAGCCGCCCACCCCGCGUGGAUGGUGCUCAUCGCGGCCGGCAUGGGCUACUACGGCUGGAUAGUCUUUUCACCGGCAACAAUCCCCUGCGACUGCCUGGGACCGCUUGGCACCUUCACAAGAUACCUGGUGGAGAACCACAAAUCCUGUCUUAAUGUUGGAUAUGCCAUUGCCUGGCUAAUUCAUGUCUUGGAAACACUUUACGCUCUCAAGCUGUGCAGGGACAAAGGCAUCACAGACCCUUCAACCCAGUUUCGGUGGGCCGUUCAAACAAUUUUAUUUGGAAUGGCCUCCCUCUGCCACUUGCUGAGUUACAACCCGCCAAGGAAGAAAAAACAAUGA